AUGCGUCGAUUUUUCGAUCAUGAAGAAGAACUUGGGACUGGCGAUAUCACAACGAACGAGUUUUUCUCCAUGUUGCACGAACAACCACGACAGCUCACAAAGGGACUUUUCGAAGCCGUCGGUUUGGUCCGAAAUCUUCGAAGAAUCCACUUCGACGACUUCGUCAUCUGUAUUGCCACCGUCGCUACAUGGUCCAAGAGUGAGCUAUUGCACUACGCUUUCAAGCAAUUCGACGUCGAUGAAUCUGGAGUCAUGGACGGACGAGAGCUCCGUGCUUUCUGCGAAGGACUAAAGAACGACAGCAGCUUCUACUUUGAGAAUAACGCCAAUACAGUUGUGGAUCUGCAAGAUUUAGCCAAAGGAUCAUCCGAGUUCCAAGUGGCGUUUUACCCGUUGUUGCAGUUGCAACAAAGUGUUCGCUCUUGUGCACCUGGCGAGCGAUUUUGGGCAAAAGUUGCGCAACGACGACAAGAAGUUGAAGUUAUUGUACACUACAUGCGGAUGCACAAGGGAGAGCUACCUUCCUUGUCGAUUUUUAAGAGAAUAUUAGCGUAUUUGCUGCCGUCGUCGCAAGCUAAUGCUGAACUGGCAGUGCACAAAUUGGCCAUCCUCAAGUAUGCGGAAGAGGAACGAAUAUGGCAAGAGCAAGCACAUGCUCGCGCUGAAGCAGACAAGAGCUAA